AUGUCUACACAAGAUGCGCCUAAUCAAAUCCGCCAAAAGGUGUCUGCAUGGCUCAACACCACGCCAUAUGCAUCCUCUUUACUCGAACCUGUGGCUGGUGGACAAGCCAACUUUACAUAUCGCGCUCAUCUGAUCAGGCCACUGGAUGAUGGUACAACUGAAGCCGUUGUCAAACAUGCCGAGCCUUACAUGGCGCGUCACCCCGCCAAUGCCGUCACUGUUAAUCGAUGCGACGUCGAAGGUGAAGUUUUGUCAGAAUUAUUCACGAUCCCCAUAGAUAUGGCACAGUCUAGAAACACUGCAUACACAGUGAGAACAAGACCGUAUGCCUAUGAUGCUGAAAUCAAGACGUUGGUCCUCAAUGCCGUGGACCUCAAGACCUCCUCCCUGAACCAUUUCCAAUCUCCGACACCUGAUUACUUACGCAAACCGGCCCAAGAACCGGGCAAAGUGCUGGCGAUGUAUAUUGUCAAAUUCGGUGACACGACCAGAGAAAUUGUUCAGAAGUCGUUUGUACAGGAGUAUAGCGAAUAG